UCUACCUACUCAACUCUCUCUCUCUCUCUCUCUCUCUCUCUGGUUUCCGUUCGGUUUCAGCUUUCAGGAACUGAACAGCUAGGGUUUCCUGGAUCCAUCGACUUGGAAAGUGAAAAACUGGACGGAGAUUCAAAGGAUGGAAGAAAAUGACGUGCUUUUUUCUUUUAUCGAUUCGUGCAGCAGAGGCAAAGAAUCUAGAUCGCGUUUGAUGGUUAUCCUAAUUCAAUUUUGCGACGUUUUGGCGAUCUGAUCAUCAAGGUUGAACAUUGUAAUUUUUAGCGGAUUAAAUAAUGGCUGUUGCUGGUUUCCAGAAUGUUUCCAUGUUUGAUUCUUCCUUUCAUAGGGAGUCUCGGUCUCCACUCUCAAGGCGGUGGGCUAAUCAUGAUAGGCCAAGCGCCCGGGCAUCCUCUCUUCUCCAGAUGUGGCGGGAGAUUGAGGGUGAACACGUGGUGAAUCGUUCCCAAUUGAGAGUCGGAGAUAGACUACCGCAGGAGACAAUUGAUGGAUUGAGCUCUAAUCCUGUGAAUACAUAUUUUUCUGAGAGGCAAGAUAAUCACGGUGGAGAUAGCUUAGAGAAUGGCACUGAGAAUGCAAAUGAGUGCCAAGCAUGGCCCCAAGGCCAAAUGGGGUUGCAGAAUGAUAACGAGGAGGGGAACAGUUCCAGCUCGGAGCAGUCCAUUGAUUUUGGGGAGGCUGAAAGGGGAAGAGUGAGGCAAAUAUUCCAGGGGUGGAUGAACAAUGGAUCCACAGGCCAUGCAUCCAAUUGCUCCCAAGCGAACAGAAAUUUAAGGGCACAACAGCUUGAAGAAAACGAAUAUGAGAGAGUCAGAAAUGUAAGGGAGUGGGUGAGAUUGACUAGCCAGCAGAGAGGCACUUGUAGUAGCGGCGAAGGACAAGCUGCUGAAAUUGCUACAAGGGUUCACAAUGGAUUUUUUGUUAAUCAGCGGGAGUUCGGUGCUCGAAGGAACAUCCGCAAAUUAUGUGGCAGACAGGCUUUGGUUGAUUUGUUGGCAAGGGCUAAGCAGGAGAGGCAAAGAGAACUCCAGCAUCUGUUGGAGCACCGGCCUGUGUCUGAUUUUGCUCACCGCAAUCGUAUCCAGUCCUUAUUGAGAGGUAGAUUCUUGCGAAGUGGAAGAUUGGUCCAGGAUAAGAAGCCCUCAUCUUUAGCAGCAAAUGAAUUGGGUUUACUAAGACAAAGGCAUACUGUGGCAGGUUUAAGGGAAGGAUUCCUCUCCAGAUUGGACAAUUUUGACCGCUGUCCAUCUGUCAGUGCCAGGUCUGAUACCUCAUCUAACAUUGACAUAAAUAACUUUGUAAAUGAAAACUCUCAAACAAACAGUUUACAAGUCAACCUUAACGUAAACCAAGAAUGGUUUGGACCUAGAAAUGGGGUAAGAGACACCAACCAGUCAUGCACCUUUCCAUUAGAAGGUGACACUGGUCAAGAUACAAUAAAUUGGCAGGAAGCGACAGCUCAAGAAGAACAAUAUGUACGGAAUUUUGAAAAUGAAGAAAAUAGACUUCCAUCAUCCAGUUCGGUGUCCAUUGGAAAGAACAGUGGUAUAGGGGAGAAUAUUGGUGAAAGCUGUGGGGAAGGUGUUGCAAACUCUUGGCCACAAAAUUCAGGAGUUGAAGGUCAAGAAGAACAUGUACAACGUCAUCAACUAAGUAGUCAUGAAGUACCUGAACGCUGUGAGCCCAUUGGUGAGGAAUGUGAACAAACUGUGCUUAGUGGCGAGGAAUUUGAGGUGCUUGUAUCAUUGAAUCAUGCAGAUAACCACGAGAGCAGUACAACAGAAGGAAUGCAUUGGCCGCCUACGUCUGUACAAGUAGAAGAGCGGCGGGAACCAUUUACUGAUAAUGCAGACAGUGACUGGCAACCAGAAAAUGAUUAUGAAUUUAGUGAAUGGAGAGAUGAUGACGAUGGGGAAGGCACAUAUGUAAAUGAGAGUGAAGGAACUGCUAAUGACUGGGUUGAGGGAACAUUGGGGACUGAAGGAGGAGGAGAAGAACAUCACGUGCAGGAAUUGCAUGGAGGAUGGCAUGAUAAUGAUCUGCUGGAGGCUACGGAUAAUUUCUUAGAUGAGCCGUUUUCUUGGCAAGCAACUCCAGCUGGAAGGUUUAGUACAUCUUAUUUCCCAGAUGAUGAUAACACGUAUAGUUCAGAGAUUAGAGAACUUCUAAAUAGGAGAAGCGUCUCUAACCUUCUUCAAAGUGAUUUCCGUGUGAGUCUUGACCAGCUGAUUCAAUCAUAUGCUGAAAGGCAAGCUCAUGCCUCCGACAACUGGGAGCCGGAUGGGACAUCACUUUCUCCAGGCUCUCCUGCAUUGGUAGAGGAAGAUGUGCAGGACAGUGGAGCUCAAGACCAGGGUCAGUCGGAUGUUGCUGAGGGGGCUUCACUUGCUCUCCCCGCACAGCCAUUCACUCCUCAGCCUUUCUGGGACCAGGAGUUGCUAGAUGAUAAUUGGUCACAGAAUCACUCGCGCCAUGGCCUGGGAAUUGAGUGGGAGAUCAUCAAUGAUUUGAGGAUUGACAUGGCUAGGCUUCAGCAGCGGAUGAACAACAUGCAAAGGAUGCUGGAGGCCUGCAUGGAUAUGCAGCUUGAAUUGCAGCGCGCUGUUAGACAAGAGCUUUCUGCUGCUCUCAACAUGUCUGCUGGUUCAACAGUGAGCGAUGAUGAUGAGAAUUUGAAAGCAGAUCAAUCCAAAUGGGAUCAUGUGAGGAAAAGAAUUUGUUGCAUAUGCUGUGAUAAAAACAUAGAUUCUUUACUAUACCGAUGCGGGCACAUGUGCACGUGUUCAAAAUGUGCAGACAAGCUGGUCCAAAGAGGAGGAAAGUGUCCAAUGUGCCAAGCGCCUGUUGUCGAGAUGAUUCGUGCCUAUUUCGCCCAAUAAUAAGUUGACAUGAAAUAUCUAUGCAUCAUCUGCAGCUGGUGAUGGCAUAUACGUGAUUUGUUUUUGGAAUGAAUCCAUCCGAAUAAGUUAAGUUAUUGAAUUGGGUAUUUUUUUCAUCCAAUUUCUAUGGAGUUGAAGAUUGUUCUCUCUCCUUCCAUUUCCAUGGCGAGGCGGACUAUUACCAUUUCGUUGAUAUCAGCCAAAUCCCAGACAACACAGACUGCUUGCUUCUCGCUUCGCUUCACUUCACUUCACAUACUAUUUUUAAGACGCAAAGUAAAUAAAGGAUCGAAUGGAUCCGGCUUUGCCAUGUGUUGGAGAAGCCUGUGGUACAGAGGUCAGGUUCUGUCUUGCUGAGCCUUUGUGUGUAAGCUUCAACGUGAAAAGCUAUUGCAGAAAGACACUUGCAAUCUCGGUGGUGUAAAUCUACAAUCUUAACGUCACUUCACUAACUUGAAUAUUCAGUGUUUUUGCCAUAUCCCUUAAUUUGUUGACAAUGACUUGGAUGCGAUGUAUAACGGUUCUUCUACAUCUUGCAAAUUGAAGUUGGUAUGUUAAUCCAGCCUAAG